AUGGUACUUUCAUCCAACUGGCUGAAGUUGCAAGAGACGCAAAAAGUGCAUAAGCCUUCAAAAGGCAAAGUUUCGAAGACCACGAAACGAAAAGAUGUUAUUUCGAACAGCACCGCCAAUAACAAGAAGGGUCCUAAGGGCAAAAAAAACAUUAUGGGGAUGGUUCAUUCAAUGAACCACGAAAUAGAGAAAAUUAAAGAGAGAAAGCUUCAAGUUAACCAGACAGAAAAGUCCAAACCACUAGCGGCAGAGCUCGAAGAAACCCUCGAGGCCGACGCGGCAGCGAGAAGUAUCAACAGAGCUUCAGAAAUUGGAAAGUAUGUUGCCAUAGAUUGUGAGUUUGUAGGGGUUGGACCUGAAGGUAAGGACUCGGCACUCGCGAGAGCAACAGUGGUGAACUACUUCGGGCACGUUGUCCUUGAUGUCUUUGUGAAGCCACAGGAAAAAGUAACAGACUGGAGAACGUGGGUUAGUGGGGUACGACCCCAGGACAUGAAAGAGGCGGUUCCUUUCUCUGUUGCACAAGCAAAAGUUGCAAAAACUCUCGAAAACAGAAUUUUAGUCGGGCAUUCAGUGGCGCACGAUUUGCAAUCGCUUUUUCUCUCCCAUCCACGAUCAGCUAUCAGAGACACCUCUAGACACCUUCCAUUCAGGAAGCAAUACGCUGGGGGGAAAACACCUAGCUUGAAAAAACUAGCAAAAGAAAUUCUUGGAAUUGACAUCCAGGGAGCCGAGCACUCGCCCAUUGAAGAUGCUAGAGCUACCAUGCUUAUCUACAAAUCUGACCGGAAAGAGUUCGAAAGGUUACAUCAAAUCAAGUUUGGAACUAAAAAAUAG